UGCUGAUUUUGAUGCGGGUCCGUCUAACCGUUAGGUGCGGUUGGUCGUCGGAGCCGUGGCCUGUCAGGAUGAGUUUUCUGCUGCCCCAGCUGACCUGUAAGAAGGAGGUGGAUCAGGCAAUAAAAAGCGUGGCGGAGAAAGUUUUGGUUCUUCGGUUUGGAAGGGAUAACGAUCCCGUUUGUCUGCAGCUGGAUGAUAUUCUUGCAAAGACAUCUCAUGACCUAAGUAAAAUGGCAGUCAUUUACCUGGUGGAUGUGAACAAGGUGCCUGUGUACACCCAGUAUUUUGACAUCAGUUAUAUUCCAUCUACUGUCUUUUUCUUCAAUGGACAGCACAUGAAGGUUGAUUAUGGGUCUCCAGAUCACACUAAAUUUGUAGGAAGCUUCAAAACAAAGCAAGACUUUAUAGAUCUGAUUGAAGUGAUUUAUCGUGGGGCAAUGCGUGGAAAGCUCAUUGUGAGAAGUCCUAUCGAUCCCAAUAAUAUUCCUAAAUAUGACCUUCUCUACCAAGGAAUUUAAUGGGUUGGUCUGAGGUAAAGGAUUACUGAAAUGGCAGAUGUUCGAGAUUCUAUUUUUCUUCGAGCGUCUUAGCCACCUCUGACACCAUGGAACAGUUUGAGUGUUUAUGUUGAAGGAUCAUAUUGAUCUCCUCCUGAAGACAGAUAUUCUGUCAGUUUAAUACUUCUCGAAUAAAUAAAGCUAUGUGUUGACGUGUG